GCUACUUCUUCUUUCUCUCGGUAGCUGACCUAGUGCUUCUUUGCUUUCCCUCAUCGUAAGGAUGACAAGUCAUUCCGGGAACUUCAGUACCAGCUCCCUUACUUCUCCCAAAGCCUCUUAUAGGAGAAGAGAGUGUUCUCCUUCACAUUCUCCUCAUUCUUCAAGGGAUGGGGCCUGCAGCAGUCUUACCAUGGGAGAAGCCAGCAAAAAAAGCUUCAGUUCUUCCAGCCUCACGGGACAUGGCUACUAUUAUACAUACCCAAGAGUGUCUUUCAACGAAGAUCUCUUGGAACCACUCCACUUGGAUGUUGACCCAACUCUCCAGGAGAUAAGGAACAAGGAGAAAGACGAUAUCAAGAUUCUCAAUAACCAAUUUGCUGCCUUAAUUGGGAAGGUCCAAAAUCUGGAACAGCACAACCAUGUUCUGGCCACAAGAUGGAACUUUUUGAAAGAACAAGACAAUUCCCUUUCUGAUUUGGACAUCAAACUCCUCUAUGACCGGUACAUGAACAAACUGAAUCUCGAAAUGCGAUCUAUUGAUGCGGAAAAAGAACAGCUGGACUCAGAACUUGAUGAAGUACUAGUUUGUAUGGAUUCCUUCCGAAAAAAAUAUGAAGAAGAAAUAAACAAACGCGCUGGGAUGGAAUUCAACUUCACAACACUUAAAAAGGACCUGGACAAUGGCUUUCUCCACAAGACAGAAUUGGAAUCAAAACUAAGUGGACUUCAUGCUUGGGUGGAGUUAAUGAAUACCAUCCAUGAGCAGGAGCUUGAGGAAGUGAUGUCCCAGGUUAAAGAUGUUUCAGUUGUGCUGGGGAUUGAUAACAACAGAUACAUGCCUGAUCCCCACCAGAUUGUGGAGGAUGUGAGAGCUCAGUAUGAAUAUUUGGCUAUGAAAAGCUGGGAAGAAUUGGAGGCACUCACCCGACACAAGCUGAAUGAAAGAGAAGAGUUAUGUGCUAAAUAUGGGGACCAUCUCCUUAAUGACCGGAGGGUGAUUGCUGAGUUAAAUAUACAGAUCCAAAAAUUGAGGUCUUGCAUUGUCUCUCUGAAAAGCCAGUGUCUACAUUUAGAGGAAAACAUCAAAGAUGCUGGUCUACAAGGAGAAACAGCCCUCAACGAUGCCAAAGCAAAACUGGCAAAAUUGGAAGAUGCCCUUUAUAAUGCCAGGCAAGACUUGGCUCAGUUGGUUAAGGAGUAUCAAGAGCUAAUGAAUACCAAGCUGGCUUUGGACAUUGAGAUUCUCACUUACAGGAAACUAGUAGAAGGAGAAGAAAUCAGCAUGGAGUCUCCAUCACCUGCAUUCAUUAGCAAAAUCUACUCCAGACCAAAGCUCUUUUUACCUGACUCUGGCAUCACAAAUGUCCCAGAUGUGGCAUCAGGAGCAAAAGAUUUGACAAAUAAAAUGAUCCAUAGUGGAAGCAGUUUGGUAACUGGAUUUUCUAGAAGUCCCAAUGAAAAUGAAGCCCUGACUGAGACUCUAUUUGCCAAAGCCCACAGUGGAACAUGUGACAAUAUCCAAGAGGGUUCUGAUUUUGGAAGUCCAAGUCAUAUAAGUGCAGAAUUUAUGUCUUCCAAAUAUUCCAGAACUCAAAGUGGCGAAAGCAGUAAUUCCUCUGGAUGUAGAUACCAUAGUUGUAGAAAACAAAGCGUACCAGUUGGUUACCAGUCUCCAAGCCAAAGAAGCAGAGAGUUUGCAGAGAAUGCUUUUGCUAGAAAUCACAGUGGUGGUAUCUCAGAAGACAGCCUUUUUAGAAGUUACAGUGGGACUAGCGCGUCCUAUAUAGAAGGCUGGCUUUCUAGAAGCCAGAGUGAUGAAAAUGAAUGCAGAAAUCUUCAUGAAAAUGAAGGAUAUGCUGAACCUGUUUCCACAACCACAAAUACUGAAGGUGAUGGGGUCCUUGAAAGUGGCAUUUCUGGAACUCACAGUGAGAUAAGCAGGGACCUCUCACAGGUCAGCCUAUCUAGAAGCCAGAAUGAUGAACCUGAACCUAGAGGCAGCCAUGAAGAAUUUAUUGGACCUAUACUUUCUAAAACAAGGAGCACUGAAGAUGGUGGAGUCCCUGUAAGCAUUUCUGAAAGCAACAGCAAGGCCAGCAGAAAUAGUUCAUUGGAUGACUCUUCUAAAAUACAAAGGGACCAAAGUCAAGACUCUGCAGAUACUAUCUUUAGUCAAGGCCACACUGAAGGUACACAGGAGAGCAACCUUCCUAAUUCCCCCAGUAAUAAUAACACAGCCUACUUAGAGGGUAGUGCUUCUGGGAGCCCUAGUGGUGAGAAAAAAACUGUCUCAAAGGAUGGUGGCUUUAGAACCCCAAGUAUAAGAAGUACAACUUUAAGUGACAGUGUGUUCAUCAGAAGUCCUACUGGUGUAGAUGAAGAUCUGUGUGAGGAGACAGAUUUAAAAAUUCAUAGUAAUGCAAGAGAAAGUGCUUUGGAAAGUAAUAUUUCAGGAGAUCCUAAUCCCAGAAAGGAAGAACUUCCACUGCCUGAACCUUCUGAACUCCACACAACAGAGAAUACAGGCAUCCCAGGUAACAAUCCUGGCCCUUUUGUAUAUGGGAGAAAAAGCAAAUCAGAGAGUGGUUUUUCUAAAGUCUACACCAACAGAAAAGGAGGCUUAACUCAAAGUGUUUUUGCUAGACCUCACAGUGUUCCUGAUAAAGCUGACUAUUCUAGCAGUCUGGCUGAUGGAAGUGAAGGUUUCGUAAAAGCUGUGGUUUCUAGACUCAACAGAGGCAUUUUCGAAGGUGGUUCUUCCAGAGGUCAAAGCAGCAGAAGAGGAGGAUUUGUAGAUGCUGAUCUUGUGAAAGACCAGAGUAAAGAAAUCAAAGAAAGUCAUGGGGAUAAAAGUUGUCCAGAUUUUGAUGUCAGAAGUGCAAAGGAGGCAAAGGAAGGUAUCUCACCAUCUGGUCAUUCCAGAAUUGAACAUGAGCAACCAGGCAGCUUCUCUAGAAAUCUCAGUGAUAAUAUAAGUCCUGUAGAGACCUCUACUCCUAUUCAGGUACACAGAAGAAAGGAAGAUGCUGCCGAACUUAGCUUUUCUAGAAGUCACAGUGGAGAAAGUGAGAGCUUUAAAGCAGCUGAUUUAUUAUCAAGAAGUUCCAAUGAAGAAAGCAGAGAUACUCAAGAGGCUACUGGUUGUGACAAAGAAAAUGAAAAAUGUCCAGGGGGCAAGAUUUCUAGAAACUACAGUUAUACAUGUGCAGUUACAUCACACCCAAGAACUGAAACUGACAAGGCUGAAGAUGUUCCAGAAAGCGGCCUAAAUUAAAGUCACAGUUCUGAAAGUGGAAGGCUUUCCCCAUCUGGAAUUUAUAAAGGCCAAAGUGGUGAAAGAGAAAAUCAGUCUG